AUGUUGUCAUCCGGCAGCGGCCUCACAUUCAAGCUCCAUCUCCCUGUGAUCUUGAAUAUCUGCGAUCACUCCGUCCGUGCCAAGUCUCAUCUGUCAUCCUCCACGGACGGUGCUGGCAAUGGCAUUGAUAUGACCGUGGGGCCGCUGGCCGAUCCUCCGAGAGUGUAUGGGUGUGUGAUCGGAAUCCAGAGGGGUCGCACCGUAGAGAUAUGCAACAGCUUCGAGCUUUGUGACCCCAUCAGUCAAUCGCUCGACUGCGCCUUUCUCAACGAGCAGCACAAGCGCUACAUGGAGAUAUACCCGGAUUUCGAUGUACUAGGAUGGUACUCGACCGGGAGCGACGUGGCAAAAUUGGAUAUGGCCAUUCACAGAAGUUUGAUGAAUAUCAAUAAAAGCCCCGUGUACGUUCUUCUCAAUCCUCGUGCCCAUAAGGAUCCCCAUGUUACUAUCUACGAAAGUGAGGUGUGUGUCAAAGAUGGGUUUCCACAUGAAAUUCGAGAGCAUAUAUUUGUUCGUGCUAGCUACACUAUUGAGGCGGAAAAAGCAAAAAUGAUAUCAAGCGAUCACGUUGUUCAUCUGAACCCAUCUAAUGGGGGUACAUCGGGAACUAUGGACUACAAAACUAAGUUACAGAUUCAUGCGCACAAGAGAAAAGUGUCUCAACCUGUUUAUGAUACCAUCAUUGUUGGAUCUAAAUUCGGAAAAGCAUUCGAAUCAACCGUAUCCAUAGAUGGGGAUUGCUUCACAUCCGACAUCUUCCCGAAAAAAAAAGAUGCUGAAAAAGAUGCUGCACGACUUGCGUUUUAUCACUUGUCACGGAAGACAAACGAUGAAGGCUGUCAUCUAAUCCACCAGGUUUGA